UUAACAGUAUAUUUCAAUACAAACAGUAAUUAAUUGACAAAAACAUUGAAGUAUUGAAAAAUGUUUUGAAAAAUCAUUAAAUAAAAUGUGAAAACAAUUGAAGACUUAAAAACAACUGAAGACUUAAAAACAACUGAAGACUUAAAAACAGCUGAAGACUGGAAACAACUGAAGACUGGAAACAACUGAAGACUUAAAAACAACUGAAGACUUAAAAACAACUGAAGACUUAAAAACAACUGAAGACUUAAAAACAACUGAAGACUUAAAAACAGCUGAAGACUGGAAACAACUGAAGACUGGAAACAACUGAAGACUGGAAACAACUGAAGACUUAAAAACAACUGAAGACUUAAAAACAACUGAAGACUGGAAACAACUGAAGACUGAAAACAACUGAUACCUCAAUCAAUCAGCAAAAAAAAAGUUAUGUCCUCUUCGUUAGUCUGGCCGCAGACAAGACAUCUAGUAUUGUCAGCGACUAAUUGUCGGCAAUUACUGGCCUCAAGAUAUGCCUCAUCUACUGCAACAUCGACGGCGGCGGCGCCUAAAAACAAGGAUCACUAUCAUCUGGUAGUUGUCGGCGCCGGUGCCGGCGGUCUAUCGGUUGCAUCCAAAUUUACCGAAGUAUUGGCCUCAAUGAACAAGGGUCAGGUGGCCGUCAUCGAGCCGGCAGAGAUGCACUACUAUCAGCCAAUGUGGACAUUGGUCGGAGCCGGCAUCAAAACUAUCGAUCAAUCGGGUCGGCAGAUGGCCAGUGUAAUGCCCAAAAAGGUUAAAUGGAUACGCGAUCGUGUCGUAGCCAUCGAACCGGACGACAAUCGGGUUCGGCUAUCGGGUGCUAACGGCCUGAUUAGCUACGAUUACUUGCUGGUGGCUGCGGGUAUACAACUUGAUUGGCAUAAAGUCAAGGGACUGGAGGAUGCAUUGGAUCAAUCGGCCAGUGUUUGUUCCAAUUAUUCGCCGAAAACGGUAUUGAAAACAUGGCCAGCUAUUCAGUCGGUACCGGCAGGCGGGACAGCCAUCUUUACGUUUCCCAAUACGAGUAUCAAGUGUGCCGGCGCACCCCAAAAGAUCAUGUAUUUGGCGGACGCCCACUGGCGACAGAGUGGACUUCGGGACAAAAUUAACAUAACAUAUAAUACAUCGCURGGCGUUAUAUUUGGUGUACCGAAAUAUGCCGAAGCAUUGAAUAAGAUAUGCAUAGAGCGGGACAUUCAGGUCAACCAUUGGCACAAUCUGGUCGAAGUGGUGGCCGACAAACGGGAGGCUGUGUUCGAACAUUUGCAGACCAAAGAGCUCAGGCGUUUCCGUUACGAUAUGCUUCACGUAACACCGCCGAUGAGUGCACCGCCAAUAGUGGCCAACUCAUUGGCUACGGAACAAUCGGGCGGCUAUAUGGCCGUCGAUCGGGAAACACUACAACAURUGAAAUACCCGAACGUUUACGGUAUCGGCGACUGUACCAGUGCGCCAACAUCGAAAACUGCGGCUGCCGUAGCCGGUCAGACAGGGGUUGUAUCACGUAAUUUGUUGGCCACUAUGCGUGGCCAGAAACCCUAUGCCCGAUACGAUGGCUAUACAUCGUGUCCAUUGGUUACCGGUUUUGAUAAAUGUAUUUUAGCCGAAUUCGACUACAAUCUGGAACCGUUGGAAACGUUUCCCGUGGAUCAGUCAAAGGAACGCCGUUCGAUGUAUUUUAUGAAAAAAGAACUGAUGCCACAAAUGUAUUGGAACGGCCUAUUGAAGGGUAUCUGGAAUGGUCCAACAUUUUUUAGACGGAUAAUGCACCUGGGCAUGGGCAAAUAAAUUGAUGAUGAUCAAGUUUUAA